AACCAGAAAAACAAAAUCUAAGUUAUAUAUCGUAAAUAUACAACCAUGGCAGCCUUGUUUUGGCCUAAAAAAUCUUGCACAUCUGAAAUUUGAACAAAUCAAUUCUUGACCAUUAUGGAGACAAGACAGGCCACGUUUAAAAAAAUUUAAAAAAAAAACUUAAAAAGAGUUAAAAAAUUUAGCUUUAAAAAGUAUACUCUUGAAAAUCUGGAAUUAUUAUAUGUUCCAACUCAUGCUUGGAGUCUACAAAAAAAAAAAAUUAACGUCGCCAAAAUUGGUCCAGAGAAAUUAUUUAAAAACACAUAUAUAUAUUUCCAUAUUCCUGUAGCACCAGAUUUUAUUUCACCUCACUGACGUACAUGAUCAUGACCAAGACCAACAAAUGAGUGAUCGAAUUUAUGUUUUGACUUGCCGUUUAUAUCCUACGUCCAGGAAAGAUAAUAAUGCGUGUGUUCCAUAAAAUUUAUCAAAUUUAUCGUUUUUAAAUUUUUAUUAGCAUAAUAAUUAUCCACUUUUUCUCUGCGCUCAUACAUAAGGCGCCCUUAUUUUGACGUAUAUCGCCGAUGGUCCUUUCAAAGGGAAUAAAAAUUUGGUUGGUCUAUAGGCAAAGGGAAUAAAUACAUAUCUGACCAAAAUCAACUUUUUUCCAUAUUAAGCAUUAUUAACCCCAUCUGCAUGGCCUCAGUGAAAAUAAACUAUUUUUGGCCACAGGAUGCCAUCUAGAUAAUUAAUUGAAAAUUAAAUUAUUACAUAAUCAUGGUUGGUCACCAUAUAAGGCAUAGGGAAUAAAAACGGAACCACAUUCUAAAACAUUAUUUUUAUUGAAUGCAGCUAGAAUGCUAACACUUGAGGUGGAUUUCAAGUAAAAUUGAUAUUGCCAAUCAAUUUAGCAUGUCUGCAUUAGUCUAUUAUUAAAUUUUUGCUGAUAAUUUCGUAUCUUUUAAAAAGUUAAAGCAAAAACCUUAAAAAAGGUCGUGUCCAAGUUUUGUGAUGAAAAAGGUGCAUUUGAACAUUUUGCUAUAACUUUUAACUGCUAAGAAAAUUUAUACGAAAAUUUCGUCACAGAAUAAUUAAGACAUGCUGAACUGAUUGGCAAUGUCAGAAAAAAUCUUAAAAUUUUUUUCUUGUCCAAAACAUUAAAUUUAAAGGUUUUUUUUAAUUUUUUCUCUAAUUAAAUUUUUUUUACAAUAAUGUGUACUAUUACAAAUAGAAAGAACAUGUCUUUGGCUACAACUUUCUUAUGAGGUUCAAGGUUUUUGUUUCUAAAAAAAUCACUCUUAAAAUGGCAUUACUCCUACCAAACCCUUCUAUAUCUCAAGUGUCCGAGGAAAAUUAAAUAAUUUUGAUAAAAAAAGGUUCGUGUCAAGCAACUCUUAAACUUUUCUUUUCUAAAAUUUGAUUCAUUUUCCUUAAUUUUUCAUUGUUCUUUGACAACCUAACGCGGUCUGGGUCAUGACUAUCUAAAUCGCAGACCCACAAUUUCUCUUAAAAAUGGGGCGUGGGGUCUUCAAUUGUAGCGCAGAGCUGAUAAAAAAAGUUUUUAAAGUGAUGGGAAGAGUAUGGGAUUGGGCUGCACUUGAGAGAAGUGAAAAAUUUUCAUUUUUCAAUCUGCUGAUACGCUUUUUUCAUCUCCUGUAAAGUUUGAUUUUUAGCAUUUAAUUAUUCCCUUUGCUUAGUGACCAACCAAAUUUUUAUUCCCUUUGAAAGGAACACCGGCGAAUAUGUUAUGCUGGGGCCGGUUGUGACUUGUUUGGAGCUGCACACUGUACGUUUCUCCCGAUUCCAAUUCGUGAAUUCGCCCCUCCCGUUCACCCGGCUGCAGCGACGACUGCCAUCAACACUGCCGUGCCAUGCUCUCUCUCUAGUGUCUUAACGUCUGUCUCAUACGUCUCUGCGCUGCUGUGUUGACAAAACUGCCGACUGCUCGAAACGGUUGUGGGACACUUUCGGACAUCGAGUUCGCGGUCUGCUGGUCCGUCAUCAAAGAUCUCAAAGUAUCAGUUAAGAACAUGGCAGACGCGUAUGACAGCGUUGAUGAGGACGAUGUUGAAUCUGGUCUUGAUCUACCCAUCAAACGGCGGCGAUGUGCGCAGCCCGCCAAGGAUGAUCAAAAUGUAGACGAAAAGGCUUCUUUGUGCUCUUCUUUCAACAAGAAGCCAACUCCGUAUGACCGGCGAGAACGAGAAAAAGAGCAGUCUCAAGAAAAUAUUUUCGUAACUGAAACCCUUGAUAAGGAUGAUCCAGACUUCCUUAGUAUUCAAGAGGCUAUGAAUAAUACUAUUAGGGAGCACGUCCAUCAAGACAAGAUUUCGCACUACAGCAUCGAGAAGAUCCUAAAAAUUCACAACAAAAUCCUUUGGGACCGGUAUGUCGAGAGACGAGAGGAAAUCCUUAUCUCGCACUUGAUUGAGACCAUUGACGUAAACGAAAAAUAUCUAUUCCACGGAACAAGUAAUGAAAAUGCAUUGAAUAUUGUGAAGAAUGGAUUCUUAGUUGGAAAGAAACCAGGCAUGUUUGGCAAAGGAAUCUAUUUCGCGAACAUCAGUUCCAAAUCAAACCAGUAUUCCCUGAAUGGGCUGGAGCCUUGCGAAAAACAUAAUGAAAGGAUGUGUCAAGAGUGCAUCCGUUCGUUAAUUUUAGGACGAGUUACAUUGGGUAAAAUGUUUGCGGCAACUAAAGCGUCUCCACAUGCCCCACCAGAAGGAUUUGACUCUCUGUAUGGAACACCUUUAAAAAAUUUUCUUCGGUACCCGGAGUACGUCGUCUACCACAAGGACCAGGUUUAUCCGGAGUUUUUAAUUCACUACAAGGCAAUUUUGGAGGAAACUGAGGAAGAAAAUGCAAGAUCAAAUUUUGACCCUGAUGAUGAUGAUACUGAGAAGGACACAAAUUCCUCAUUCGAAAGUGAUGACACCUCGACCAACAACUCUUCCUCCCAAAAUGGGUCAACAAACAGUACCUCGUCUAAUAGCAGCUUGCAAGAUGGUCAAGACCUAAAAGACUCAUAUGAAGAAGGAUUGACAAGGCAGAAGAGAGCCUGUCUGGACCAGUUGCAAGUUCAACAAAGGCUCAACGAGAAGGAAUUGAAACCUUUGGAAAAAUCUGUUCAACAGUUGACUGAACGCUUGAAACUUUUAAGAGCAGAGGCAAAGAAAAAGACUGCUGGUCCAGUUGGAGGGAUGAAAAAGUUCAUUGAGGAAGAAGACAAGCAUUAUAGGGAGAUUCAGAAUAAUGUAGCGGAAUUGCGUGAUAUUGACGAGAAGAAGCAGAAGGAAAAGUUCAAAAAUGACCUAUCUUUGCUGGAGCAAAAGAUCAUAAGCAACAAGGAGCGCCUGCAAGAACUUGAGUCCACCACAGAUCUUGAUGCUAUCAAGCAAGGACUGCAGGAUCUAAACCAACAAGCUAGGGAGGUCGUUAAAGACAUUGAAUCCAUUCGCCAAAAAGAGAGUGGAAAGCGACGCUUGCUGAAUGACUUUAUCCAGGAAAUCAGGGACUUUGAGUAUGAAAUCAAAGAGCAGUCAAAUCUGGCUGAAAGGAGACUGGCCGAGCUCAGCGGCCUGCACAGGCUGUCUUACAAUGCUACCGUCUACCUAAAUAAUGAUCUAAGGAAAAAUCAUCAGUUUGCUGGCAAAGUUUAUUCCUCCAUUGUUCUUGAGAUCAACACCACAGACCCACGAGCCAGUAGGUAUCUGAACAUUGUCAUCAGUAGGAGGGACAAGAUUGCAUUCUUGUGUGAGAAGAGUGAAGAUUUCAACUUCCUCUUUAUGCACCUGAAGCAGAAGUUUGGUAAUGGCCUUAACAUGCUCACUCAGGGACCAGAGGUGAUUGAUUUAAACCAGCCCAUUGGAAUGGAAGCAUUGAGGAAAAUGGGAUUUGAUGACUACCUAUCCAACCUCAUUGCAUGCCCUACUGAAAUCUACAACUACCUUUGCAAGACUUACAGACUGCAUCAAAUUCCAGUUGCAUUCAAAGAUGGCCAAGUGAAUCGCCAAGAUGCUUCUCAAACUUUCAACCAGUUCUUCAUUGGUGAUACUAUGUACAGAAUCUCCACUUCUAAAUACACAAACGAGAAAUCCUCUAGGACCAUUCCUAUCACAAACAAGAAAAAUCCUUUCGACAUCACCAUCGAUCUAAAUGCUGUUGCUCAACUAAAGGCUAUGAAGGAUAAAAAGGUGGAGGAGAGAGACGCUCUGCAGCGAGAAAUGCAGGAAAUGAAUGCUGAGGUUGACCCAUUGCAAAGAAAACAAGAUGCCUUGAGAAAUAAGAUGAAGGAAUUGAGAAAUAGGGAAUCUCAAAUGAAUGAGCUUCAAAGCCAAAUCAGAAGAAAUGAAUCCAGCUUGGAAACCAAAAAGCAGAAUCAAGGAGAUUUUGACAAACAAAAGGAGAAGAUUUUGAUAGCAAAUCAAAGACUGCUCAGAGAUGCUGUGGUAAAACUUGAUGACUUUAAGAAGCACUUGAAGAAGUGCUAUUCAUAUGAUGUUGAAAGUGGCUUUGCUAAUAUGGAAGUGAGAGCUGUUUCCAAAAAGCACCUAAACAAGCAAAACAAGCUGGAUGAAAAGAAGCGCACUCACAAAGACUUCUUGAGGACUUACCAAAAUGUAGUAGAGGCCUGGAACAGACUGAAAUCUGAAGCUGCAAGGCUGAAAGCUGUUGCCGAGAAGACCAUCGGUUGCACUCCAAAAGAUCCCAAGUUCAAGAAGAUGCAGGAAAUUUUUGCCAAGCUUCCUGCCACUCUUCUAGAGCUUGAUGAUAUGAAGACUGACCUUGAGAGCCGCCUGGAGUUUAUGGACAGUGCUGCUGAUGAGAAUAUUGCCGAGCUCCUGGAGAGGCAGAAAGCCAAGGUAUCCGAGAUGGAGAGACAGUUGGCGUUUAUCAGGGAGCAAGUUACUGGUCGAAAGACCCAGAUGGAUCGGCUGAAAGAAACAUGGCUGCCUGCCCUUGAAGAAUUGGCUGAUCGAAUCAGUGUUAAGUUUGAAAGGCUGUUCAACUACAUGGGCUGUGAAGGAACAGUCAAACUGCUCAAAGGAAAUGCAGAGACACAAGAUGACUACGAGAAUUAUGGUUUGAGCAUCCAAGUCAGUUUCCGAGCCGGUGAGAGCCUUCAGGAGUUGGGAGGGACACAGAGUGGAGGCGAAAGGUCAGUCUCAACGGCCAUUUACUUGCUGGCCCUUCAGGAGUUGACAGAGGUGCCUUUUCGCUGCCUUGAUGAAAUCAACCAGGGCAUGGAUGCAACUAACGAGCGUCGAAUCAUGGAGUUGAUGAUGAAAAUGUCUGGAAAUGAAGACAGUUGCCAAUACUUUUUGGUCUCUCCAAAGCUCUUGGCAAACCUUGUGUAUGUGAACACGUGCAGAGUGCUCUGCGUUCAACAGCCAUUGCGCAUGGACACUACCAAGUGGACAAUGGCAAAGUUCAUCCUGAAGAAGCAAAUGGAAGUUGGCGAGAAGAGGAGCCGCACCAAUGGACGUGCACAGGACAAUGACGAAACUGAAGACGACAAUUAAUCAAUUCUUGGCAGCUUCUAAUCUGAAGUAUAAGAACAGUCCUUUUUUAUCUUUGACGUCAAUUUUUUAGUUAAAGGAAAGCAAUGCAAUGCACCAAUGAUAUUUAAAAUCGCAAGCCUUGCCUCCUGUUCUCAAUAAGAAAUUCUUACAAAACUUGGCAUGUAGUUAUGUUACAAGAAAAUUUGAGCUAGUUAAUUUAUGCAGGGCUAAUUUAGUACCAUAAAUAAUUAAAAAAUGGAAAAGUUUAUAAUUUAAUAUUUUUGUACCAAAUACAACACAAAUAAAACUACAACGAUAUUUGAA